AUGCUCGGUGUGCUCCCAGUCCUCCUAGCGGGACUUGCAGGCGAUACAUUAUCCCAGCCAACCAAGGGGACAAAUACAGAUACAACCUACCAUAAAAAUGCCAGAGUCCUCGAAUUCGUCAACCCCCUCAUCGGUACCCACGGAACAACACCAAAUGGCAACGGCGGCAUGAUCCCGUCCGUCAGCCCUCCCUUCGGUAUGACCCGCUGGACACCACAGACUCGCGAGAACUUCAUCUCGCAAGUGCCCUACGGCGAUAGCGACCGUCUUAUCCAUGGAUUUCAAGCCACGCAUCAACCGGCUAUUUGGAUGGGCGAAGCGGGUCAGAUUGUAUUGACACCGGGAAUCGGCGAAGUGCAGCCGCUGUUUCAGAAUCGGGGAUUGCAGUUCCGGAAAAAGGACGAGAGAAGUACGCCGUACGUUUAUGAGGUCCUUGUUGAUGCCACUCAGCUCUUAAACCGGGACUGGAAUGCCACGGCUGAGGCUGUAGGUGAUGGGCCUGUUCCCGGUGGUGCGGGUUCCGUGCCAGAUGAUGUCAAGGACGGUGCCAAUGGGCGGACACGCAAAAGGGAGAUUGAGGCUGUGCUGGGUAGCAGAGAUGGUAGUGAGUAUGACCGGUCCAUUCAGGUUGCCAUGUCUGCCGAUUCUCAUGUAGGCCAUCUUCGAUUUGACUUCCAAAACAGCCCUAGCAACAUGAAUGACAAACCCCAACCCUGGGUAUUUAUUCAAGCUUCACGUCGGAACUGGACAGGCGAAGUCCAUGUUGAUGUGAAUGCUCGAGAGAUCUACGGCUAUAACUCCGAGCGUCAGGAUUACCUCCUCGGACCGGAUAAAGCAUCGUCGUUCAAGGGAUACUUUGUCGCUCGCUUUUCCGAACCAUUUACUGAAUUUGGUGUCACGAAUGAAGGUUCACUUAUAAAGGAUGAGAUUCAGCGACACGGAAAUUUCACUGGUGCAUAUGUGAAAUUUGCCAACUCGACAUCCCGCAUCGAAGUGCGCACUGGUAUUUCAUAUAUCAGCGUCGCACAGGCAAGGAAGAACCUAGAGAUCCAGACUCCUGAUGAGCACAGCUUUGAGGAUACCGUUGGGAAAGUGAAGUCAGCCUGGCUUGAGAAGCUGGGCAGGAUAUCUAUCAAGGGCAUCAACAAGACCGAUCCGGAUAAUGACCCCCGCAUUAUCUGGUAUACUGGCCUAUUCCAUGCACUCCAGUAUCCCAGCGACUUUUCCGAGCCAACGUCAAAACAGGAUGGUGCGCCACGUGUGUUCUACUCGGGCUAUACCGACAGUGUUCACACUGAGAACGACUCAUACUAUCAGUCCUGGUCGAUUUGGGAUACAUACAGAGCCGAGCACUCUCUCCUGACUCUGUUUGCACCGGAGCGUGUUAACAGCAUGAUCCGCUCCUUGCUGCGCAUCUUUGACUGGUCGGGUUGGUUGCCGAUGUGGGCCAACUUAGUUGAGACAAAUAUUAUGAUCGCGACGAAUGCAGACGUGGUCAUUGCCAACGCUUUAGAGCGAGGAUUUAAGAACUUUGAUAUUAGGAAAGCCUGGAAGGCUGUUAAGAAGGAUGCAUAUACUCCGCCCGAUCACGACACUGAUACUCUGUACUAUGACCGUGAGCCCGGCACUUCAUACGAGGUCCGCGCUGGCCUCACAUCAUAUAUGAAGCAGGGGUGGGUUCCCAAUGACCGCUGGUCUGAGGCUGCUAGUCGCACAUUGGACUACGCAUUCAAUGAUUACGCCUGUUCGGUUGUUGCUGCCCAUGCGGCAGAGGAUGAUGCCACCGUACAAGCCCUCAAGAAGCGUAGCGGAAACUACGCGUAUCUCUGGAACAACGAGACUCAAUUUAUGCAAUCUCGCAACGCGAACGGCACUUUCGCAAAUAACACCUUUGGAUGGACCGAAGGUGAUGACUGGGUCUACACAUUUGACGUGAUGCAUGAUGUGAAAGGACUGGCUGGGCUUUUUGGUGGCCGUGAAGCCUUCCGCAAUAAGUUGGAUGCGCAUUUCCAGGGUGGCCACAACGACCAUACUAAUGAACCGAGUCAACAUGUACCGUAUCUGUAUUCUGCUCUCGGUUAUCCCAACCAAGCAGCUGAGACAAUCAGGGAAAUUGCUUGGGCGAACUACAAUGCGACCAGCGGUGGACUGGGUGGGAAUGAAGACUUGGGACAGAUGAGUGCUUGGUAUGUCUUUUCCGCAUUAGGAUUCUAUCCCGUCAACUCAGCCACCGAUGAGUAUAUUAUCGGUACACCGUUCUUUGAGGAGGUGUCUAUCCGCCUUCCUAGUGGGGCAAACACUGGCGGAGAAGUUGCCAAUGGUAGAGAGAGGAUGCUUGAAAUUCGCGCUCCAGGGGCAUCUAAAAAGCCGUAUAUUGCUAAUUUGAAGGUUGAUGGAAAGCAUAUCAACGCCCCGCUUUUGAAGCACAGCCAGCUUGUGCAUGCGGCAAAAAUCGAGUUCGAGAUGAGUGCUACACCAACCUCCUGGGGGAAUCGCCCCUUAUGGGAAAAUUGA